CUGGGAGCUGUUUAACAAGCCUGUUUUUGGCGGGGGAUGUUGCAGGAGUGAAGUGGUUGAAGUUCGUACCGCUGCUUAUGAAGGAUUUUAUUUUGCUUCGCCAGGUUACUCUCCUGGGGGAAGCGGUACAGGAAAUGAUAAAGGGAAUCACAGGCAGUUUAUUCGAGGUCUGCUUGAAGUGAGGCCCCGGGGUUUUCCGGCUGCUGCGGGAGGAGAAGAUGCAGAGGGACCUGGGCAGCUUCCCAUUCCCACCCGGGAUCAGGGUCAAACUGAUCAGCUCCGGCUUCCAAAGCGCUGAGGAUCUGAGCGGGGUGAGAGCCACGGAACUCAGCAAAGAGCUGGGCAUCUCCAAGGAGGAAGCAUUAGAAAUUCUACAAAUUGUGAGACAAGAGGGGUCUGGAGAGGAAUCCCAGCUGAGUGUGAGGUUGCCGUCUGCUCGCAAGUACACAGCUCUGGAACUGCUGGAGCAGGAGCAUGCUCAAGGCUCCAUCAUCACCUUCUGCUCUGCUCUUGAUGAAGUCCUAGGGGGAGGUGUACCCGUUGGUAAAAUCGUAGAGGUCUGUGGUGCUCCUGGUAUUGGGAAAACUCAGCUAAGUAUCCAGUUGGUUGUGGACUCGCAAAUCCCUGAAUGCUUUGGUGGCCUGGGCGGUGAGUCCGUGUACAUUGAUACAGAAGGUAGUUUUAUUGUGGACCGAGCAAUGGACAUCGCUGCUGCCGCUGUGCACCAUUGCCACCUGAUUGCUGAGUCCAACCAGGAUGAAGUGCAACGGGAAGCAGCGCAGGCCUUCUCUGUCUCCGGAAUCCUCUCUUGCAUCUACUACUUCCGUUGCCAUGACUAUGUGGAGCUGCUGGCCCAGGCUCAUCUACUUGCUGACUUCCUAGUGGCGCAUCCUAAGGUGCGCAUUGUGGUGAUUGACAGCAUUGCAUUCCCAUUCCGCCACAACCUGGAUGACCUGUCAUUGCGGACCCGCCUCCUGAACGGACUGGCGCAGCAGCUUAUCAGUAUGGCCAAUGAGCACAACGUGGCAGUGGUUUUGACAAACCAGAUGACCACGCGGUUUGGACAGGUCCAGUCCUCAUUGGUCCCUGCUCUCGGUGAGAGCUGGGGUCAUGCAGCCACCAUCCGCUUAAUUCUACGCUGGGAGGGAAAGCUGAGGUUUGCCUCCCUUUACAAAUCCCCAAGUCAGAAAGAAGCGACUGUACCAUACCAGAUUACCUCGCUUGGUUUUCGGGAUGUCCAGUCAUCAGACAAUGGAGACAACCCACGUAAACGCCCAAGGGACGACGAUGAUGGUGACAGAGAGUGACACAGAGACCGGAGAGCUUCCCACUUCAAUGAGUGGAUUUCAGAGAUACUGUGGGAACCCAAUUGAGUGACUUUCCAAAGAGUUCAAAGCCACCAAGUCCUACUCGCUGAACCCCUCAUUACUGAGUUCCUUACCUCAGCCCAUUACAGUCAAGAGUCACAGAACAGCAGUUACCAGUGAAAUCCAGGACUUCCCUUGGACCCAGUAUCAGAGACUUCAAUCUUCACCCCCAUCUCUGGUCACUAUUCUUUUCCAACAAGAGUCAAACUCCUCAUCAACCUUUUAAAGACUCCUGAAUCGCAUCGAAUUUGAAAGUUUUUCUCACUUGUUGAAAGACUUUUGCCACCUUUCUGGAUUUGAGUUGCUGUACUGUUGUGAGGUGAUUGUUCAUUUUCUCUCUCCUGUUCGUCCUCGUUUUAAGUAAAUGCAUUUUUGAACUAC